CAACUUUAACUGCAUUGUGAGAUUCUGAUCACUCAAUGUAUGUGAAAUUUGUUUUAUUAUUUUUUUUAUUAUGUGGAAUAAUGGAUCUUUGUGCCGUCCUCUAAUGUGGAUUUGUGCAUCUGGAUUUCGUCUCUUCUGCUGUCGGUAUAACGGGCCAUGACUGUGAAAGCAGACUCAAAGUCGAGACAGUGACAUUUAUCACCAGCAUCAUUCACACGCAAAGAGUGAAUUAUCUCGCCGGCCUCAUACAGACGGCACUCAGCAGCACAUAACCUCAGGACACCACACGCCCGACGCCACCCGACAGCACCAGCGUUUCAGAGAGAUUGAAUAAUCGCAGAAGUCUCCUUAAUUCACACACUGAAGAUGAUGGAGUGUAAAAUCACACUGCUGGACGGUACAGACUACACCUGCACUGUAGAGAAAAGAGCGAAAGGACAGGUGCUGUAUGAUAAAGUUUGCGAUCACCUCAAUCUUCUGGAGAAAGAUUACUUCGGCAUCACGUACCGGGACGCUGAAAGCCAAAAGAACUGGCUGGACACAUCCAAAGAGCUGAAGAAACAGAUUGGAACUGGUCCCUGGAACUUUGCCUUCAACGUGAAGUUCUACCCUCCAGAUCCCGCACAGCUAUCUGAAGACAUCACCAGAUAUUACCUGUGUCUGCAGCUGCGAGAUGAUGUGGUAUCUGGCCGUUUACCGUGUUCUUUCGCCACUCUCUCGCUGUUGGGCUCUUAUACAGUUCAGUCUGAGGUGGGAGAUUAUGACGCUGACCUGCAGGGACCCGGAUAUGUCAGCGACGUGCGUUUGGCCCCCGAUCAGACCAAAGACUUGGAGGAGAAAGUCAUGGAGCUUCACCGCAGCUACAAAGGAAUGAGUCCUGCUGAAGCUGAGAUGCUGUUCCUGGAAAACGCAAAAAAACUCUCCAUGUACGGAGUUGACCUGCAUCAUGCCAAGCUGGUCGGCCGUCUGUUUGAGUGCUUUGCAGCGGCGCAGGAGGAGGACUCUGAGAGUGUGGAUAUCAUGCUGGGCAUUUGUUCCAGCGGCCUCCUCGUCUACAGAGAUAAACUGCGCAUCAAUCGCUUCGCCUGGCCCAAAAUCCUCAAGAUCUCCUACAAGAGGAACAACUUCUACAUCAAAGUCCGACCUGGAGAGUUGGAACAGGUCGACAGCACAAUCGGAUUUAAACUACCGAAUCACAAAGCGGCGAAGAGACUCUGGAAAGUUUGUGUAGAGCAUCACGCCUUCUUCAGGCUGGUGUCCCCCGAAGCUCCUCCCAAACGCUUCCUGUCACUGGGGUCAAAGUUCCGUUACAGCGGACGAACACAAGCACAGACUCGUCGGGCGAGCUCUCAGAUCGCACGUCCCGCCCCUCAGUUCCAGCGUACGAGCAGCAGACGACACACCGUCGCUGUCAGCAUGGACACCACUCCAGCGGUUAACCAUGACAACGUGAAGAACUCCAAGCCUGUGGUUGCUACGGAUGACCUCAUCGCCACAGAAACGCCGGAGAAGAAAGUAGAGGAGGUGAACUCGGUGGAGGAGGAGACUAAAACUGACGAAUCAGAACAAGCCCCGCCCACUUCGGUCACCAAGAUGUCUUCUGAGGUUAAAACAGACCCUGAAGAUGUUUCGGAACGGUCGGAUCAUGUGACUGAUGCCGCUGAGAGUUCAGUUGAGCUACAGGAUGAGGUGUUUUGGGAGUCAGGGGUCAUAGAGGAGGUAAAGGAGCUGCCACCUUCAUGUGAACAUCAUGAGGAGCAGGUGUUGACUCCUGAGGCUGAGGAACCUACAUCAAAGACCAUAACUGAGAAGACCACAGAGAGAGAGAUCCAAUGUGUGGAGAAGACGCAGUAUGAGGAUGAGAGGCCAGAACAUAUGAGCUCACCAACCUCUCUUGGUGAAAAAGAGAAGUACAUGAUGGCAUUGAAUGAAGCCAUCGCAGUGGGUAGACGCUCUGCACGUUCUUCUAGUGUUGAAGAUGAAGGUAUAGUUGAAAGAAAGGUGAAAAAAGUUGCCAUUCUGGAAGAUGCAGUGGGAGCCAAAAGCUGUUUUGAACCCGUAAUGGGUUGGGCAGUAGCUGGGGAAUCUGAUUGGUUUCCUGUACAAACCUCUGAGAAGAUCAAAGAGAUUCUUGCUGGAAACCAAGAAAUGACGUGCCAUGAAGAAGAUGAUGAUGGUGGUGCUGUAGAAAUGGACAAACACAUUGUCCAUUCCUGGGAGCAGGAAGACCCAAUUAUUGACUUUGAAGAAGAGAUCAAGGAAACUGAACACGGUGCCCUGGAAGAGAUCUCUUUAGAUACUCAAGACGAGGAGCAGUUGAUGUUGAAGAAUGUGAACUCUAAUGAGAUGUCGGUAUUAUACAAUGACAACGUUGAGAAUUCCUAUCAAGAAUGGGUUGAAGAAGUGGUUGGGGUGAUUAAGAACUUUGAUUAUUCUCAACACUUGGACUUUAAUGAAGAGGAACCUGUAGAGGAACCCAUCAUCUUGGAGACCCAAGUUGAGAGGCAGAUCUGUGGAGAAAUAGAUGAACGGACUGCUCAGAUCUGGGAUAAUGAACAUCAAAAUAUUGAGUUUGAAGAGGAGAUCAAGGAAACUGUAAUGGAUACUCCCUUUGUGAGAGAAGAAACCCAAGAUGAAGAGGAGAAUGUGAACUCUAAUGAGAUGUCAGUGUUGUUCAAUGAUAGCAUUGAGAAUUCUGGUCAAGGGUGGGUUCAUGAAGUGGUUGGGAACAUUGAGAAGUUUAAUUAUUCUCCACACUUGGAAUUUAACGAAGAGGAACCUGUAGAGGAACGCAUCAUCUUGGAGACACAAUUUGAGAGGCAGCUCUGUGGAGAAAUGGAUAAACAGACCGUCCAGAUCUGGGAUCAAGAACACCAAAGGAUUGAGUUUGCAGAGGAGAUCGAGGAAACCGAAAUGGACACUCCCCUUGGUAGAGCAGAAACCUCUUCAGUAACCCAAGACAAGGAGGAGAUUUUGGAGAAUGUGAACUCUAAUGACAAGUCAGUAUUGUCCUAUGACAACGUUAAGAAUUUCGAUGAAGAGUGCAUUGAUGAUACAGUUGGGGACAGUGAAAAGUUGAAUUAUCCUCAGCACUUGGACUUUAAUGAAGAGAAACUUGUAGAGGAAACCAGCAUCUUGGAAACCCAAGUUGAGAGGCAGAUCUGUGUAGAAAUGGAUGUACAGACCGUCCAGAUCUGGGAUCAAGAACACCAAAGGAUUGAGUUAGCAGAGGAGAUCAUGGAAACUGAAAUGGAUAUUCCCCUUGGGAGAAAAGAAACCUCCUCAGAAAGCCAAGAUGGGGAGGAGUUGUUGGAGAAUGUGAACUCUGAGAUGUCAGUAUUGUCCUAUGACAACUUUGAGAAUUCUGAUCAAGAGUGGGUUGAUGAAGUGGUUGGGGGAUGUGAAAAGUUCAAUUAUCCUCAACACUUGGACUUCAAUGAAGUGGAUCCUGAAGAGGAACCCAUCAUCUUGGAGACCCAAGUUGUGAGGCAGCCCUGUGAAGAAAUGGUUGAACACACUGAGCCGAUCUGGUAUCAAGAACAUCAAGGUAUUGAGGAAAAUGAAAUUGAUACCUCCUUUGGUAGAGAAGAAACCUCUUCAGAAACCCAAGAUGAGGAGGAGAUGUUGAAGAAUGUGAACUCUAAUGAGAUGACAGUAUUGUCCUAUGACAAUGUUGAGAAUUCUGAUCAAGAUUGGGUUGAUGAAGUGGUUGAGGACAGUGUAAAGUUCAAAUAUCCUCAAGAGUUGGACUUUAAUGAAGAAGAACCUGUAGAGGAACUCAUCAUCUUGGAGACCCAAGUUGUGAGGCAGCCCUGUGGGGAAUUUACACUUCAUACAAAGUAUGUAUCAUUAUCUGAAGUAAACGAAAGAGCAGCUCAACCUCAAGAGAAGACGGUCUACUUUGAAGACAAAGCAUUUCCUUUACCUACCCAUUUGGACGAGCAGUCAAGGUGUCAAAAGUCCAGAAUUAUGUGUAAAAAUGAAGAGGAAGGAAGCGAGUUGGAUUGUGGACCAAACAAAGAGGAAGAUAUACAGGAAGUAGAUGAGGUGAAGCUGGAAGUGCACACAUCUUCUACAGUACCUCCUCUAGAGUCAGAGGAGCCGGUGUUGGAUGGGAAGGUUGAAGACGUUCCUUUAGUUCACACCGAGACCAAGACCAUCACAUAUGAGUCAUCGGAGGUUGAUGCCAAUGGUGACUCAGAUCCAGGGGUUUUAAUGAGCGCUCAGACCAUCACAUCAGAGAACAACAGUACUACAACCACCACACACAUCACAAAGAUGGUGAAGGACGGAAUUUCAGAGACACGGAUUGAAAAGCGGAUUGUAAUCACAGGAGACACAGACAUCGACCACGACCAGGCUCUGGCUCAGGCCAUUAAAGAAGCCAAAGCGCAGCACCCAGACAUGUCUGUCACUAAAGUAGUGGUACAUAAAGAGACGGAGAUGCCACCUGCUGCAGGUGAAGUGUCAAUCACACAGGAAUAAAGUCCAAACUUUCCCCUGGUGGUCAUCAGCUGAGAGUACUAGCCCACGCCUUGUUACCUCAGAUGACACAAGCAGUCAGAUUUCGCUCCGACGCAUCAUCAGCUCCGCCCAGACGCCACCGAACACGUGACCUACAGUGAGAAGAGUUUCAACCCAGAAAUCCAAUUUACACUCUGUUCUCCAAAACCUAUAAAAGGGGAAAAGUAACAUUUCCACACAAAAGAAAAUGCCUUGCAUUAUUCUGUGAUUUUGUUUUUUUCAAAAUUAUUCAAAAUGUGUUUAAUUAAUGCAACUUCAGUUUAUUUAUAGUCCAACACUCCGAAGUGGAGGAUGUCGAUACAUUGAAACAUUUUGAUUUGUAUGAAAGAUAAAAGCAACAACAAAAAAAGACCUCAAUAUGCCAAAAUGUUGCUAUUUUGUAGCCCGUUUGGGAAACAUUUUUGAUCAGGUUAACAUAUCAAGCAUUGGUUUUUAAGUCCUGUAUAAAGUGUUUAAGGUUGUUAGUUAAGAAAACAGAAACUACUACCCCUAAUGAAUUCAGAUACUUAUUUCUACUUGAAUCAAAAAAGUAUUUUUAUCACAAUGGUUGUUUCACAGUUGUUGUUGUUGUUGUUUUUCUUACACCAAAUGACUAUACGUUAUAACGUAAAUAGAAGACAUGCAAAAAAUGAAAACAUUUGAUGAUGCCACUAUAUUAAGGGCUGCUUUUGGUAACUUUGAAACCCAUAAAGGUUUAUUUUUUACUCUGUCUGUUUAGUGCAGUCACAGAAUGGAUCAGAACCGCACCGGGCGUGCUUUGGUUUGGUACUGAAGUUUAGAAUGAAGUGUUUGCUGUAGAAAUCUCUAGAUUGUUUCUUAAAUAUGACCCUACAUGUGAAAGAUCAGUGGGGUAGUAUGUUUCUAGUAGAGUGUGUAACGAGCAGGCCUUGAACCCGGUGCUGUUAGAACCAUUGUACCACCCCUAACACACAGCACCUCUGCAUAUGAAAGCAAAAAACAACAACGACGAAUGCAAUUGAUGUGAUUCAUUUUGAGUUUUUAUUUUGGAAUAAUACUGCUGAAAUCAA